CAACCGUACUGUUUAAAUAAUCCAAGGAUUCCAAACCUAAUAAUCCUAAGUCUUAAAUCCUAUUAUUUCCCACCCCAUUUUAUUUCUUUCAUUUACCCAAAUACCUUAAAUUUUGGCAAUCCAAUAUAAUAUAAUGUACUCUUCUUCUUCAUCUUCAUCCCAACAGCAAUCAUCAUCAAACAACCAAACUAACCCUAAUCUCAUACGUUACGAUUCAGCUCCCAAUACCCACCUGUCGAAUACAGUUGACUCGGUCGUUGGACUCGGACACCCGCACCACCAAUUCUUCUCCGAGUCAACUCAAUCUAAGCUGAGUUCAAGUGGUGGCGAGUCAUCUAGGAAUAAUAAUACCUUGAGUUUACUUCAUCAAGGAACUUAUGGAAUGGAUACUAAUUCAUCAAACACGACGUCGUCUGGUUUGAUUCGCCAUAGUAGUUCUCCUGCUGGUCUCCUUAGUCAUCUUGCUUCUGAUCUUGGAUAUACAGGUUCAAAAGGAUUUAAUGUGAACUACAAUGGGCAAGGGAGUUCAAACAUGAUAUCAAGAUUAGGGUCUCAAUUGAGCUUCACUAGAAAAGAUCAUUCUAUGUCUCAAAUCACAGAAGUGAAUGAGAGUAUUAUGUUUGGGAAUGAGAGUAAGAGAUCAUCUGGUUUUUCAUUAAGUGCAUGGGAUGACACCAACGAUAAUAGCUUUAUUAUUUCAUCUUCAUCAACUACUUUGAAUGCCCUUGAUCCCCAGCAUGCGAUGGCACUAGAGAUGGCAACAAUGGAGGGACUAAUGAAAGUACCACAAGAUUCUGUCCCUUGUAAAAUUCGCGCCAAACGUGGAUGUGCAACUCAUCCUAGAAGCAUUGCUGAACGGGAAAGAAGAACAAGAAUAAGUGGGAAAUUAAAGAAGCUACAAGAACUAGUUCCUAAUAUGGAUAAGCAAACAAGUUAUGCAGAUAUGUUAGACCUAGCUGUGCAGCACAUCAAAGGACUUCAAAAUCAUAUUGAGAAAUUAAAUAAUGAACUCGAGCAUUGCAAAUGUGGAUGCAAGCAAAAUACACACUCUUGAAGCUCUUGAACAAAGCCGGGACAACUAGAAUUCCAUAAGCAAAGCCCAUCAAAUUGAUUUUUGUUUGUAUAUAAAUUACUUUUUUCUCCGACUAUUGAUUAGGGCAAGUUAAUAAAUGAACAUGUGUCUUCAUUUUCGCUAAUUUGUACGUUAAUUUGUAAUUUUGAGAUUUUAUUAACUAGACACCCGAGCUAAAGGAGGAUGUGCAAAAAUCUUUAGGUAUUAUUAGGUUCAACUUGAUUUUUGGUGUUUCUUUUGUACUUUUUUUUUAAAAAUUUAUUUUUUUCAAUUUUAGCAUAUGUAUUAAAAAUAAUUUUUUUUGCGUUUAUUUUUAAUAGAAAUGAUUCAUUUAUGACAAAGUAAAUGUUAAUGGAC